CUCAAAAUGGCCUCAUGAGAUGAUGAGUUUCGCCAAACAGAUGUUAAAUACUAUUUGUUAUCAGAGCACCUAAAGUGUGGUUCUCUAUUCAUGUAUGCACAUGUAGUUUUCCUUCUGGUUUGAAUACAUUUGUAAAAAGAUGAAUCCUGACCCAGCCAACAACAACAAUGAUAAUUUACCAAAUAACAACUUGCUGAAUAAUGGUGGCAAUGUUGGACAGCCUCGGGGGACAGCCCCUGGGAGAGGCCAAGGAAACCCCAUUCUUCACAUUCGAGACAGACUGUUUCAUGCACUGUUCUACAGAAUUGCAAUCACAUAUGCAAGAGCCUUUCCUCGGUCAGUGCGAAGAAUUGUGGAAUUUGCUAUUUUACUCAAGGCAUUGGCAGUGCUCGGAAUCCUUGUGUAUAUUCACAUAGCUUUUGCGAGGACACCAAUCAACUGUUUGCAACAUGUUCAGAAGACGUGGCCGCGGCAUGGCAUUCUCCGGGUGGAGAUUGUGAAGAAUGCCUCAGAUAACUACAGUAUUAACAACUCUUACGAGAAGGAAUAUUCUGACUUCACCAUUCGCCUUGAAAAUGGAGAACUCAAAGUGGUGGACGUUGCCGACACGUCUUGGAACCAGUCUGAAAAGACGAAGGAAGGUUCCGCCAUGCAAGGGAAUGUGACGUUUGAAAAUGCCUCUAUCUAUGACAAUCCCGUGAAGGAACUGGAAGGUGAGGUGUUGGUGGAUAUGAAUUCGACAAUGGACCGAGACAAGGCAGAACAGAUGCCGGAUGAAGGACAAGCUGAAUCUCUGCAGGAGACGCUUUCUGAACUGGAAAUGCUCGCUAAAGCAGUGUGGCCAGAGGAAAAAUAUAUUGUAGAAUAUGCUCUGGAAUACGGUUUCCUGCGACUGUCUCCUAAAACUCGUCAGAGAUUGAACAUAACUGUCAUGUUGGUCACUCUUGAUCCUUUGAAAGAUGAAUGUUUUGGCGAUGGUUUCAGUCGCUUCUUGCUCGAAGAGUUUCUCGGAUAUGAUGAUAUUCUCAUGUCAAGUAUUAAGCAGUUGGCAGAGCAGGAAGAGAAUAAAGGCUUCCUGAGGAACGUGGUAACUGGAGAACACUACAGGUUCGUCAGUAUGUGGAUGGCAAGAAGUUCCUACAUUGCAGCGGCAUUCAUUAUGCUUGUCUUUACUGUAUCUGUGUCAACUCUGCUACGAUAUUCACACCACCAGAUAUUUCUAUUCAUUGUUGAUCUUCUCCAGAUGUUAGAAAUGAAUGUGACCGUCGCUUUCCCAGCCGCUCCACUCCUUACCGUUAUACUGGCUCUAGUUGGCAUGGAAGCCAUAAUGUCUGAAUUCUUCAAUGACACCACCACAGCUUUCUACAUCAUCCUCAUUGUGUGGAUUGCAGACCAGUACGAUGCCAUCUGCUGUCACACAAACAUUAGCAAGAGGCACUGGCUUAGAUUCUUUUACCUCUAUCACUUUGCGUUCUAUGCCUACCACUACAGAUUUAAUGGACAGUACAGUGGAUUGGCUCUCUUCACCUCCUGGCUUUUUAUACAGCAUUCAAUGGUGUACUUCUUUCAUCACUAUGAACUACCGGCCAUCCUGCAGCAGGCGAGAAUCCAGGAAAUUCUGCAGAACCCUCAAAACCAAGAUACCCAGAACAACAACCCACAGCAAAAUGGCGACGCUCAGAAUGCAGGCCAGCAGCAAGCUGCCAACGACGCUGCGCCGAAUGCUACCGGCGAUGCUGCAGUCGCUGGAGACCAGGCACAGGUAGCCGCUGGCGACGUAGUACAGAAUGGUGACGCGUCUGCGGUCAGUCCAAACACUCCUGCAGCAGGGAGGGUGCAGGGAUUGCUGAAUGGGCAGAACAUCGAAGGAAACGUGAACGAGCUGUUGUCGGCGUUGAACACCAACAUUCCACCGUUUGUGAGAAAUGCGGGUAACACGCCAAACAACAACAACAAUUUCCGGGUUCAGGUGUACACGCCAAGCAGCUUCAUCAGAAUGUUUCUGAGGUUCCGUAGGCCUGCAGCUCAGGCCACGCCCAUGGAGAUACAGGUGAACGUGCAACAGAAUCAGAGUCCUCCAGAACAGAGCGACCAGUCCGGGAAUGCACAGUCUGGACAGGAGCAGACCAGUCACGUUGCCCAGCCAGAAUCUACUACCAAUACUGGGAAUGGCCAGUCAGAAUCUAAAACCAUUACUGGGAAUGGCCAAUCAGAAACCACUACCAGUACUGAGAGUAGCCAAUCGGAAACCACUACCAGUACUGAGAGUAGCCAAUCAGAAAUUACUACCAAUACUGAGAGAAGCCAAUCAAAAGCUACUUCAGAUAUUGAGAAUAGCCAAUUGAAAACUACUUCAGAUGAAAUUAGCCAAUCGAAAAUUUCUACAAAUGUGGAGACUAGCCAGUCAGAAAUGACAUCAAAAGAUGUUGAUCACCGGUCUACUACUGACCAGUCGGUAACAAAUUAUUUUACGGAAAAAUCGGCAACAAGUGAAUUUAUUGAUCAGUCAGCAUCGAGGAAUAUUAGUGUCAUAUCAGCAACAGUUGGUGCUGCUAAUCAGUCAGCAUCUGACAGGUCAAAAAGUAGUGAAUAUAAUCCUAUGCAAGAUACUGCAGGAAAUGUUACUCUUGAUCAUGCGUACUGUCAGUCCAUGCAGACGGACAGCAGCCAAUAUUACAGUAGACAACAGACAGAACAGUCUGUGAUAGAAGAGACCAACGUUAGUAAUAGUGACCAAAGAAUAGCGUCUAACAGCAAUCCUCCAGGAUUUUCAAGACAGUCUUUAACUGUAGAUGCCAGUAGCAGUAGUGUUGUUGUUAAGGAGUCUGCUGAUGCCGACACUGUAGAUUAUAGAAACACUGUAGACUGCAGAAACAUGAAUUCAGUUGUAGAACUGGCUGCGGUUUCUUCUGUAAGUGGCAGUUCAGUACAGGAUGACAUGAAUGCCGAUUUGACAGAUUGUUGUAAUACUGUUUCUGAAGUGAACUCUGGGAAUACAGAUCAGACGUGUAAAACCACUCCAAAUAGUGAUUCCCAAGUCCAGUUGCCAGUCAACCGGUAAGCUGAUAAAGAAGGGGAUGAAGUGAGAAAAGUAUUUACUGACAAAAAAUGGAUUUAGUUGUAAAACUGGCUACGGUUUCUUCUGUAAAUAGCUCCUCACAAUAGGAUGAUCAUGUGAAUACUGAUUUGAAAGAUGUUUCAUAUAUAAGUUUCGGAAAUAACUCCUGAGAAUACAGAACAGGCGUGUAAAAACCACUCCAAAACUGUGAUUCCCAAAUUCAGAUGCCACUUAAUCAGUGUCACUGUGAGCCAAUUGUAACGAAGGGGCUGAAAUGAAGCCAAAAUGUUAUAUUUAUAUCUGGGGGCAGAUUGAGCAGUGGGAGCACUGACCGAGGUAUCCUGGCAGUGAAGAGGCCCAUGGCUAGGUCCGGAUAUGGAAAAUUAUUGAUUAAAGGGCUCUAAAACUCAGGCUGGGUAAAGCUCAGCAGUACAACCAGUCCUGCUCCAGAUGGUAUUGAUGCACGAUGACUUGGAUAAAGAUUUUAGUGUUUUCUUUAGUGAACUGGUACACAAUGAGAUGUCAUCAUUCCUUUAUGUCAAAUCUUGGUGGCUAGAUUCGCUUGUGUUUUAUUGGUUUUUCUUGUGGAAUUUAAUUAAGGGCUUUUUUUUCUCCAAUUAUAUGGAUUUAAAAAAAAAAAAAAAAUUGCCUACUUAUUUAUACACUAAAUUAAAAAAAACAUUAACAGAAAUAGACUUAAUAUUUUUUAUGUAAGUAUAAAGACAUUUUUGCAUCAUAUCCAGAAAAUUUGCAUAUUAAAACUCAAAAUAGUGCCCGCUUCAAGAAAGAUGAAUUUCGAUUACAAAGGUAUUACCUUGGUGACACUAUGACAAUAAACAAUUCCAAGACGAAACGAACAAUAGUGCCUUUGUCUCUUCUUUCCUGUUGUGAGAUUUGAACUUUGAAUGUUCAGGUUUCUAGAUGCUCAUUGACAAAAUGGGCUUUCAAGACCUCAUUGUUGGUGAAUUUGUCAUUUCCAUGUAUUGUAUCCAUCUGAUGGGCUGCAUUUUGCUAUAUGUAUGUAAUCAAUUUCGCAUUGUAGAGCUUUCCUUUACACAAUAUAGAGAUAAAUAUAUCUUGGAGAUAUUCUCAGUUUACUACUAAUCAGUGUUUUUACAAUUUAAUUACCAAUCUGUAAUUACUCAGUAUUUAAAAAAAAAAAAAAAUUAUGGGUAUAUAGCACAUUACAGGGUUUCUGUUUGACAGCAACUUAAUAAUUUUUAAUUGAAAACAGCCUAUAAGUGCCUCUACUAGGUGGUUAUUGAUUUAAAAUGCUUUGAAAUUGGACACAUUUCAUGGGCUUUAACACAUUUUAAACAGCAGUUCUCUUACUAUCAUCUGUAUAUAAAAUUUUAAAAAUAUAUCCUCUCUACCAUAUGGCAGAAACCCUGCAUUAAUAGGAAAGCAUUGUAUUUUAACCAAAGAGUUAUUGUCAUAAUAAUUUUCAUAAGUAUUAUUAUUUUUCUUUAAGCCUGUGAGCACUGCUUACUUUGAAAUGAAAUAUAACAAUAAGUAAACUUUGAUUUUAGUUGCAUUAUGUAUACCGUAUUAAAGCUGCCAUUUCGAGAA